AUCGCGCUCAGUUCAGGCUUCUGUCCCUCCUCGACCCAUCAGAUGUGAAUGUGAUAGCGGAUCAGUCCAGUGCGGAUGAACGAUGCUUUGAUUCUCAUUCAUGUCAACAACAAUCUGAAGAGCACCCAAACCGACGUCUCGCGCUUUCACAUGAACGGAAUAAAAUGCAGCCGGACGAUUCGCAGUAUUUGCAGCGGAAAUGUAGGAUUGGUGAUAUAGAUGUGCAUCCUACAGAAAAGGCUCUAGUGGUGUACUAUGAGGUGGAAGCAUCCAUUUUAGGAGAGUCAGGCAAUGCCAGGCAUGAGGAAAAGAAGGAAUGCCAGAAAAUCAUCCGGCUGAGGAGUCUGAAUGCCAGCACUGACAUUUCCUCCCUGGCCAGGAAGGUGGUGGAAGAGUGUAAAAUCAUUCAUCCAUCAAAACUGGCAGAAGUGGAGCAUCUGCUGCUGUAUUUACAGAACCGAAAGAAGCCCAGCAGUAAAUCAGAGAAGAAGGAAAAGAAACCGCUGAAACCCAGAGAACUACUGCCGUUUGAAGGAAUGGAAAUUGAUGAGGAGGCCAAUAUUAAUAAAAUCGAUGAUUACAUAGAGCUGUUGUAUGAGAACAUCCCUGAGAAGAUUAGAGGGUCCACUCUGAUCCUCCAUUUGGCCCGUAACCCUGAUAACCUGGAGGAGCUCCUGCAUAAUGAGACUGCACUUGGAGCUCUGGCCCGGGUACUGAGAGAGGACUGGAAACACAGUGUGGAGUUAGCAACUACUAUCAUCUACGUUUUUUUCUGCUUCUCAAGAUUGUAUCGCAUGCAUCAGUGUCUGGCUGAAUGUGCCAUUAGAGGUCAGAGGAGGACAGACCCUCACGACUCGUGUUCUUCCUGCAGUUUCUCUCAGUUCCACGGGCUCAUCACGCACUAUAAGAUCGGCGUGCUGUGCAUGAACAUCAUCGAGCAUGAGCUGAAGAAAUAUGACCUGUGGCAGGAUGAGUUAGAGAAGAAGAGCAAGGCUUGUGACGAAGACCCCGACAACCAGAGCUUACGGAAGGAGCAUGAGAAAACCCUAAAGAAAUACCAAAGCUUCCUCGUCAAACAGGAGCAGCUGCUGCGAGUUGCGUUCUACCUGCUGUUGAACCUGUCUGAGGACACCCGCACAGAGCUCAAGAUGAGGAACAAGAACAUUGUGCACCUGCUGGUCAAGUCUCUAGAGAGAGAGAACGAAGAGCUGCUGGUGCUGGUGGUCUCCUUCCUCAAAAAGCUCAGCAUCUUCUUGGAGAACAAGAACGACAUGGCCGAGAUGGACACUGUGGAGAAGCUAGCUCGUCUGGUUCCAUGUGAGCACGAAGACCUGAUGAACGUCACUCUGCGACUCCUUCACAACCUCUCCUUUGACACGGGCUUACGCACCAAGAUGGUGCAUGUGGGUUUGCUGCCCAAACUCACUGCUCUGCUGGGCGAUGACACGCACAAGCACAUAGCGAUGCGUAUCCUGUACCACAUCAGCGUUGAUGACAAAUCUAAAUCCAUGUUCGCGUAUACUGACUGCAUCCCUCAGCUCAUGCAAAUGCUCUUUGAACUUGGUGAAGAGAGAAUCGACACCGAGCUCAUUUCCUUCUGCAUCAACCUGGCUGCUAACAAGACUAAUGCUCAGAUAAUCUGUGAGGGUAAUGGAUUGAAGAUGCUGAUGAAAAGAGCACUCAAAAUGAAGGACCCACUGCUGAUGAAAAUGAUCAGGAACGUCUCACAACACGAUGGAACCUUGAAACAACUCUUCAUUGACUAUGUGGGUGAUCUGGCAGCUCAGAUCAAGCUGGAGGGCAAUGAAGAGUUUGUUAUUGAGUGCUUGGGUACAAUGGCAAACCUCACCAUACCUGACCUGGACUGGGAGCUCCUGCUGAAAGAAUACAACCUGGUGCCCUACCUAAAAGACCACCUCAAACCCGGUUCAGCAGAGGAUGACCUGAUCCUGGAGGUGGUGAUCAUGAUCGGUACAGUGUCAAUGGACGACUCCUGUGCAGUCAUGCUGGCAAAGUCCGGCAUCAUUCCUGCUCUUAUUGAGCUGCUAAAUGCCCAACAGGAAGAUGAUGAAUUUGUGUGUCAGAUCAUCUACGUCUUCUACCAGAUGGUUUUCCACCAGGCCACCAGAGAUGUCAUCAUUAAGGACACUCAGGCCCCAGCUUACCUCAUCGACCUAAUGCAUGACAAAAAUGUGGAGAUCCGACAGGUGUGUGACAACACUCUGGACAUUAUUGCCGAGUAUGAUGAAGAGUGGGGGAAGAAGAUCCAAAGUGAGAAGUUUCGCUGGCAUAACUCGCAGUGGCUGGAGAUGGUGGAAAGCAGACAGAUGGAGGAUGCAGAGCCAUACCUGUAUGGAGACGACCCGGACGCCCUAGAGCAGCCUGAUCUCUUCUACAGCACUGACGGUAUGAUGCCCCCUGAGCCCGGCCUCAGUCCAGACUUCUACAGCCAGUUCCACUCUCAGAAUGGAGACUUCAGCGCCUGUAAUGGAGCCGAAGCACGUCCUGCCACUGCCUACGGCUUUCGUCCUGAUGAGCCGUUCUUCCACGGGUACGGAUCCAGCAGAUAGAGUCACUGCAUAACAGUUUGCUACAAGACGAUUUUAAUCUCCUUGAAAACUCAAACGCUGUGAACCAACCAUCUCUUCCACAAAAUGUGAGCCCACCCUUGGAUUCAAAGGCAGAUUUAAUGACGAGACCCCCGUAAAAUGCUUGGUGAUGCUUUAUAACUUUAAAUGAUUAAUUAACAAGCAAAUCAGUAGUUCACGUUCAUUCAAAUAUGAAUAUAAAAUAUGUUAUAUAUUUUAUAUUCCCAUGUUUGGUUAUAAAUUGUUUUUUUUUUUCUGACUUUUUGAAUGUACACACAUCUGCUAAGCUUUAUUACAUUAUGUAAUGCUUUACAUUAUCUUAUACAAUGUAUUAAUAUUAUUUAUGAAAGAUAUAAAGCGCUGUAGUUCAGUGGGCAUAAUUUGGGUUCAAAACUUUUUGAUCUUUAGAGAGAGAGAGAGACAUACAGGUAAAGUAUAAUGUGCUGCAUGCGCUACAUACCACCAAUGAAACAACUGACUUACUAAUGACAAAGUUACAGUUUAGCUUCAGAAUAGUCUUCAUUUAUUUAUACAUUUUAUUUUUGUUUUUUAGGUUUUGGAGAGUGCACUUUAAUAUUAAGUAUAAUCACUGAACUGGAUUAAAUCUGUUCUUCAUAUUUAAAUAAUUAUCAGCUAAAAUGUUAUUGACUAUUUUAUCUUUACAUGAUAUUAUAAUGUACUUUCGGCCAGUAAAUGGAUUAUUAUAUAGCCAGUUUUCAUUAACCCAAUGACCAUAAACUGCAUUUACAGCUUCAUAAAGAUGUAGCAUCACUCACUAUCUUGCACUACUUGUCUUAUAACAAAACUAUACGCUGUGUCUGUCAGAUAGCAUAUAUUAGUAGACAUUCCUCUUAGAGAUAUUUAUGAAUUAACUACCUAACCAUGUCCAGGAUUCAUUGCUGUGAAAAGAGUCUUACAACACUAUAAGUAAGGUGCUAAAUGCUGCCUCUGUUACAAUUUUAUGUAAUUGUUUUUACUUGAUUAUCAUGUUUCUGAUUGAGCUGUAGCAUGUGUCUGUUCAUUUUUAAGUCUUAUUUUAGAGUACUGUAAUUUAGUUUUAAUUUAUCACAAUGAAUUCAGGACCGCUCUGUAUUUCCAGACACAAAACGUGCCUCGUAACAUCUUGGCCUUUGCUGCUAUAAUGAUCCUGUGAAUUGUCCUUAACUGCAAACAGAAGAAAUAAAACAAUGCACUAA